UGAAAACAAAUGAUAUUACAUGGCACUCAUAAGAGAGAAGCUAGAAUAUAUUUAUUUACAUAAUGUAGAUAUAACAUAGUGAUUUAACAGCAACUUCUCAAGAUUUGGGAUAAGUGGAUACAUUUGAUUAUUUACUGCAUAGAGGGUAGGGUAGACACAUAGGAGGCCCCCCCAUUGAGUCACAAGGUUCAGAGUGGACACCCUUCUUAAACUUGAUCAAUGAAGGUAAAGAACCCAAGCACAGCUGGAUCCACUCUUAGUCCUAGAUUUGGUCAACAGUUUACGUCUAAAGGAUUACAUGUGCACACUCAAUAUAGUCUUAGUGAAGCUAGUAGAGCUUUCAACCAAUAUAAGAUGUAAUCUUAGCAAGGCUAACAGAGCCUAAAACACACUAUUAGUCACUUACCAAGGAUGUGUAUCAGCAUGCUGUCUUGACAUCAAGUAUGAGAUCUUUCACAGGCAUAACCUCAAUGGGAUUCCCUACUCACGGGAAGAUCCUGUUGUGCAGCCAGCUGCUGUGCAGGAGAGCUCAAGGUAGGCUUUUGGGCUGACUCCCUGUUUAUGGGGUAUGAUUGACUCAUAGCUGCCAGUUUGCUUUUUAGGAGCCUGCUCAAUUGGUCUUCAGCUGUUGAACAAGGUGUCUGCUAUCAGCUCUUUCAGGCCCCCGAGUCUGAGGCAGAUUUGUGGUUGUUAAUCUAGCUUAGCAAAAGCAUUAUCAGUACUGUUGCUCAUUGUCCAUUGGCCUUGUCUGUAAGGUCAGCUCUGAGGAGGCAGUUGGGGGAAGGAAGGCCGUGGGUGGCAGGGAGCAAUCUGUUACAUCACCACACUGAAUGGAGUGUUUCACUGUGAGGCACAGGUGUGAACAACCAGAAACAAUCAGAUAUUGAACAAGGCACAGUCACAUGAACUAGAAAUUUCUGAAGUCGCUGUGGCUGGAAAAUUAAGCCUUAGCUACACAAAGGCUACAGAAAUAGCACCAGGCUGGCAACAAACACCCCUUAUAUUGAGGAUACCCAGCACUAGAAAUUGUGUUAACUGUAGCUAAGUCUGUUUCUCCGUUCUUCAGAAGUAUUUUGGUAAUGCAGUUUCCUUUAUUUGCUUGUAGCCACACUGAAAAACAACAAAUAUUGUGGGAAUAGAAAAUACACGGAUGUAAGCAGAGUUUCUGAAUUUACACCAGCAUAAAUGACAGCAAGCUUACACUCAAAUUUGCAUCUGAAUUCCUGCAAGGGGCGGUUGGGAUGUGACUGAAGAGUUUCUCAGUCCUUCUGAGCAAUACAUCCCUCAUGGUUUGUGCCCCUGAGCAGGGCCAGAAGCACCUGAUGCUUCUAUGGGGGCGCUCUGUGCUCGGGCUCUACAAGAAGGUGGCUAUGGUUAAGUCAGGCCUCCCAGCUGCUCAGGCUUCCUAAAUACUGCCAGCCUUGCAUUUUGUCAAAGCUGCCUGUUUGUUCCUGUGGGAAACCCCCCCCGUCAUGGAAGAGUGGCUGCUGGGGAUUUUGCACCCUGCGUUUUAUGAAAACGUCUGAAGCUUUUUCCAUCAGCAGCCCUCAGGCUCUGCGGAGCUGUGUGCCAAGGAAGCUCUGUGCAGCAGGCUGUGUUUGCAGAGCUGCAGGCGGUUCCGUUCCCAAAAUGUCCUUGGGCGGACUGUUGGCUCGUGGGUUGCCAUGCCAACAGAACACAGAGAGCAGCGGUGGAGCUCCUCAGGCACUGCCAGCCACCACCUAACUGCGCUCCCCCAGUCCUCCCCCAGUCUGGGAAGGGCAUUUCCAAGGUGACAGCUUCUUUUUCCAGAGGUCAAAACAAUGGACAAUGAAAACGAAAGUGCUGCCACUGAGAAGGUAGCACACACGAUUGUGAAAAAGGCAAUACAUACUGCGCAGGAAUAUUAUCUAAAUAAUGUGCAGGAAGAAGAAGGUAAGGAGCUUGCUCUAUUUGCCACGUCUUACCGUGUGUCAGAGCUUUCCCAGAAGGAUUUUCACAGCAUUUUAUCCUUUUCAGAAGCUGAAUACGCCGUCAGAAAUAUUCAGUGGACAACAUGUGAAGACUUCUCAGUGGAGAGGGGACAGCAGCAAAUCGAAGAAUACAUUUCCCAGACAUGGGAGCUUCACAAGAGCUGGCUUCACUGCUCGGAGUUUCUCUGGGAAGAAGAUCUGCAGUACAGCAAGAAGUACCACUAUAGAGUUCUCUGGAGCAUCCCAACACGCAGAAAACCCAUCCCACUAGCAACAGCAAGCACCUAUUUUGUGAUAGAGAUCUCAAAAAUCAAACCUGCCACCCUGCCUGUGGAGGUAUUCUUCUUUCUGGAGUCCAGCAGGCUGAUUCACAGACCAGAGCACUGUCGAUUUAGAGAAAAGUGGUUGAAGGACAUCAUUGAAAAUAAAAUCAUACUCAGAGAAAGGCUUAAAUUACCAUGAACAGCUCCAACUCUGUUGGUAUUUUGAGGAGAAUCAACGUGAUGAAGGAAAAAAGGUUAUUUCUUCUUAACUUGUGGAUUAACUUGUAGGUAUGCAAGCAGAAUUAAAUCAAUGUUAAACUA